UUGCUAGUGUAGUGAAAACGCGUAGAUGGCGCCGGUAGUCGCGUCGACGUCAGUGGAGGUUAGCGUGAAAGCUGGACGACUAGGGGCCUCGACUCACCGCAAGCUCGCAUUGACGUAGCAAAGAGCUAGCCGCGACCCCAACCACCCCAUUUCGCCCACUACCCAACCCACUAUUGCAGGUGCCCGUCAACCACUUUUUGAUUAUAUCAAAACUUGGCCCUGCCUUUCUCUCUCCAUAUACCCCCACUACAACCAUUCCCACCGCACUCUCCACUGGCACCAGCUGCAACCGUUCGCUGUUGUCAAUCACGGGCCAUUGGACGAUCCUGCCCUGUUGACGAAUUUUUGGCCAGCUCAACCUUCUUCAACCCGCUCAACCAUGGCGCGCCUCAGUGGCCUCCCAUCCGAGCACCACCACGAGGGUCCCGGUGACGCUCCUCGACGCAAACGCGGCCGCCCGUCCAAGAACCAGACAACCGACGACAUGUCAUCUGUCGGCAAGCGAACCGCGUCGCCCUCAGCGGAGCUCUCUCAGACGAAGCGCACCAAGCGCCUCCAGACCAUCGAGGACGAUGACGAGGACCAGAUCGCCGAAGAGAUGCGGCAGUCCUUCUCGCGCUCGCAGCGGGGAGACAACGUUCACGUCCAGGAGCAGAGCACCAGCACCACGCGCCGCUACAACCGCCGACACUCUGAGCCUCCAGUCGCCGCCGAUGACGAGGACGACGAGCUCAUGUUCAACCGACCCGCCUCCACACAGCCGCUACCUGGCCUGACACCCCAUCUCGACCGUGUCGGUGCCUCCCGCAGCCGCUUCACCAACACCCGCCGCGCCCGCAUGUCCAUGCCAGCUCAGCUGCACGUUGAGCGUGUCGACGAGGUCGAGAACAACGGCAACCGCGUUCAGUUUGCGCCCCUCACACAAGUCCUGGAUGGCCGCGCGCGUCGCCGCCUCCGCCGAAGCCAUCUGAGCCAGGAGGUAAACGACUUCGAAGACCACCAGAAGAAGGACAAGAGGAUGUUCCUGGAGCUACGUCGUCAGCUCAAGGCCCAGGAUGACAAGAUCAAGGACCUGGAAUACCGCCUCGAAGCCCGCCGGUUAGGUGAGAUCGACAUCGCAGACGCAGACGCCAAUGACCUGCAAGUGGAACUAGACGAGGCCCGUCAACAGAUUGACGAGCUACGCGCUUCUUCCCUGUACAAUGGUGACGACAAUGAACCAGUUGACAUGUCCGACGACGAAGACGGUAUGGUCAUGGUCAACCCUGACGACCUGAACAUGUCGCAAGAUCUUGACAUGGAGCCGACACCCGUUGGCAACCAGAUGACACUCGAAUCCUUGCCAUCUCUAUCGCAACUCAGCCGCGACAAUCUCACCGAAGGCGAGGAUAUCAUAAUGGACAAGAUCGAAGACGAGGCCGUCGAGCGCUACGAGCGGGAGCUGAAGCAGAUGAGCAAGGCCUUGGGUGAGUCUCAAGGUGCGCUGCGCUUGAUCACCAUCGAGCUUCAGAACCUUCGCUUCAUUGAGGCUGGUGCUUCUUCGAGCGAAAUUCUGACCGACUUGCGCCAUGGUUUCGAGGACCUUCGCGCUGAGAUUGAGAAGUUCUUCCCCGGUACCACCGUCCCUGAGCUCUUCAGCGGCCUCUUCUUCGAGCUCAAGCAGCAGCUCUCUCAAAUCACCAUCUCUCAAAAGGCCGAAGUGCUUGUCCGACGACAAUACGAGGGUCGCGUGAAGCAGUUAGAGUCAGACGUCUUCACACUUGAUAAGGCAAAUGAGGACAAGGCGCGCGCCAUUCUUGAUCUCGAGGAGCGCAACGCUGCCCUGACGGAACUUUCUAACCAACAGGAACUCACUCUCGCCGAACAAGAUAGCGCAAUCGCUGGUCUGCAAGAUGAGAACCAAGACAAGGACUAUCGUGUGGACCUCGACAACGUCACCGCCGCCGCAACCGAAUUCGAGACAAACCACCACGAGACGAUCGCACGCAUGGAACAGGAAUACACCGAGCGCAUCCAGGCUCUGGAGGCAAACCUCGAUGCUGAGCAGGAGGGUCGCGAUGCUGCCGAGGCCGAAGUAAAGCAAAAAGAUGCUUACAUUGAGGAGUUAGAGGACAGCAUUGCGCGCAUGGAGACCGAUCGUCUGGCUGCGCAGACCGCCGCCCGCGAGACUGCGGAGGGCGAGCGUGACGACCAGAUCGAGCAAGUCUACCAGCACGCCAACACCAUCGAAAACCUCAACGAUGCCAUCGUUGAACUCAAGGAACAGCUUGCCAACACCCGAGAGAAUCUAGGUUCUGAACGUGCUCAACGCGAGAAGACCGAGGCUGAUCUUGACGAGGCGAAUGACAAGAUCGAAGAUCUCACCACCCGCCUCCAUGACACUGGCCUUCAGGCUAAUGAGCUGCGAUCUAAGCUUUUCCAACUCCAACAAGAGAAGGAGACCGCUCUGGCAGAGCUGCAAGAAGACGCCGAUGAGCGCGAGCUUGAACUGAACAACCUGCUCGAUGCAGAGACUGAGCUUCGUCAGACUAAGGAGAACACACUUGGUCAUGAUAUCGCGACACUUGAGAACAACCUGUCUGACAUGACCGAUGCUCGCGAUCAGCUCGAGCAGGAUCGUGACGUCCAAGUCGCCAACCUUGCUGCUCAGCUCGCUGACCUGAAGACCAAGUACAUGGCGCUGGAGAACUCCACCAACUCCACCAUCACCUCACUCCAGGCCAACAUCACGGACCUUAACAACCAGAUUCAACGGCAACAAGCUGAGAUCAACGAUCUCUUCGAUCAGGUCACUGAGAAGGAGCGCAUCUACCUUGAGGAUACGACUGCCCUCCAGGGAAGGAUCGAUUCUCUUGAGGAGGAUCUCACUGUUCAGAAGGCGGAGAACGAAGGCUACCGCAAGGAGAACUUGUCUCUCUCAAGGCGUGUUGAGUCCGAGGCCAACGAGCUUCUGAACAUUGUCGACGCCCACGCUAACGAGGUCAAUGCCCUUAAUGCUGUCAUCAAGACACAAGAGGCCACCAUCAAGAGCCUUCAAGAUGCCUCUGCGAAGCGCACUACGGAGUACGAGGAGAUGAUUGAGGAGCGUACAACUGAGCUCACAGAGAUGCGUCUGCUAGGCGAAGCUCGCCUCGAGACCAUUAUACUUCUGGAGGCCCAGAUCGAGGAGAUGAAGGAACGCUUCCGUCUUGCUGAAGAAGACACUCGUGCCACCAUCGACGCCCUCACUGCCUCGCAACGUCAACUCCAGGAGCAGAAUGAGCGUCUUGCUGAUGACUUGAAGCGCCGCAACCAGGACGCUCUCCAAGCCGUCCAAGAAAUGAAGCUCAAGCGUGUUGAAGUUAAGACCCAAGGCGUGGGCGACCUCCACCGUGUCGCUAAUGGCAAGGUCUUGAAGACCAGCGAAAAGGUCAAGAUUGGAAAGAAGGGCAAGAAGAAGGUCUCUUCUAGGCGUCAAUGGGACUCCGGCUUCGGCGUUGAUGAGAAUGUCGAAGACGAGGAGCUCAACGCAGAGGAGCCACUUGCUGCAUAG